AUGAGAACUAUCCGCAAAUUAACCCAGAUCGGCCAUGCCUACGAUCAACCGGAUCUAGAGACUCUUAGAGAUAACCUCCCUAUCUUCAUCGACGACGAGCCCGAACAGAUUGUGGACGCCUUCGAGACCGGCCUGAAUUCCCUGUCUCCGCCGUCCCCGUCAGUAUCAGCCCAAGAGGCGGCACAAGCUCUCUUCAUCGAAAUAAAGAGAAUCUUGCCAUUAACGGCGGACAAGAAUCGGAAUGCGUUUCUACUGGAGAACUUGGCAACGCUCUUUAUGCGCACCGCUCAGCAGACUCCAAGUCGACAUAUCGGCCAGGAAUUGCUUGUCAGCACUGUCAAGUUCAUCACAGUCUCACCGGAGGAGGCAUGGCGCAAAGAAUUUUUAACAGCACUUGGGAUGAGAAUGCGAGACGGUUGGAGUGGGUUCACUAUGGAAGAUGAGCAUGAUGUGGACGAAGUCCAGACUCCCGAUGAGUGGCUCAACCUUAAUUCUUUCAAUGCUCGUUUGUUCGGAUCCGGAAUAGUUCGAUGGAGGAACUUUCCUAUAUGGCAGCUCCGAGAAGGCCUAGAAGCGGUCUUUGGCCCCGACUCGCACGAAAAUGACUGCAAAAUCGCUGUUGCUAGCGAGUGGAUCAUCCAGGCGGGGCCGAAGCUCCUUCGCGAGACCCUACUGAACGAGGAUCUCGAUGAGGCAGAAAAGAGAGCGUACCGGGGACUUGAGUUAUGGACUGGUUUGCCGGGACUGAGCACUGAAAGAUGGGGAUUUUGGAAGCGCCGUCUUGCUGAAGUUAAGGCGAGCGUCAAAACUCAGCUUACGUUAGACUAUGUAGAGCACGCGGAAAGGGUGAUGUCAACUGUUGAGAAAGACGUAGCUUCGUCGAUAUCAGGAGGCAAGUAG